AUGGAAUUUCACUACGAAUCUUUUUUUCAAUCUAAAGAUGAAAACAAUAACGACAAUAACCACAACAACAACAGUAAUAGCAAUAACGAUAGCGAAAAUAGUAGUUUGAAUACAUUCUCAUCAAGUCUUUGGGGAUCAUUUUCUUCAAUAGUAGACACUGUUAAACAAAAAUCCGAGGUUAUAAUAAAUACAUAUAAAGACGACAAUCAAGCUACCGAUAAUAAUAGUAGUAAUAAUGAAAAUAUAGUGAAUAAUAACACCAAUAAUAGCAUUAAUAAUUUAUUUUCAUCCCCACUUUUAACAAAUUUUUCAAAAGUCAAAGAUAAAAUUUCUGUUGGUUUUAAUAAUUUUAUUCAAGAGUAUCCAUCAAUGAAUGAGGAUGAUGCAGAUUUAGAAAAGGAUGAGUUUGAUAUUGAUUCCUCAUUGGUUGGAGAUUCAUUUAAUUAUUUAAUUCCAAAAAAUAAUAAAGAAUCUAAUAAUAGUAACAAUAAUAGCAAUAGUAGUAAUAGCAAUAAUAAUAAUAAUAAUAACACUAAUAAUAACAAUCAAUCAAAUAAUACUGAAACCAAUACAAACACAACACCAAUUAAAAAAGAAGUAUCUUAUACAAUUGACCAAAAUGAAAUAAAUCAAUAUUUAAAAGAUCCAACUCAAGAUGGUUAUAAAGAAUAUAAACAAAAUUUUAUAAUUUCAAAUCAUAAAGAAAACAUUGUCAGUUUAUUAACAAGUAAAAAUCAUCACUAUAGAAAUCUUUAUAAUCAUUUAGUUCCAAAUUAUAUUAAUGAAAUUGAUUUUUGGUGUCGUUAUUUCUUUAUAGAGGAUAUUAAAAUAAAAUAUCAUAAAUUAUUAAAUCAAGAUGACGAUGAUGAGGUAAAUUGGGAUGAUAAUGAUGAUGUAGAACAAGAGCAAGAACAAAAAGAACAGGAAAAAGAAGAAUCAGAAUCAAAUACUGAAACCAAAAUAGAAGAUGAAGAAUUAAAUAAAGAAAACAAUAAUUUUGAAAGUACAGAAAAAAAUAUCGAUACAGAAGAAUCCGAAGAAUCAGAAGAAUCAGAAGAACCAGAGCAUCCAAUACAACAAGAGCAACAAGAACAACAAGAACAACAAGAACAAUUAGAAAAAUCACAACCAGAACAACCACAACAACCACAACAACCACAAUCACAACCAGAGCAAUCAAAAGAAACAGAGCAACCAGAACAAAUUUUAAAAAACAAUGUACAUAAUGAUUAUACUAUUCAACAACAAUCACCACAAGAACAAAGCUUAAGAAGAAAAGUGGGAUCAACUGGUGAACUUAAUGACUGGGAAUUAAUGAAAUCACAAUCAUCAUCUGAAGAUGGUGAAGAAUGGUCCAACUGGGAAUAG